CAAGGGGCGGAAUGGGGGGGCUUGUUGAUAAGUAUACAUGACGUCAGCAGUAUUGCGCAGCCGCAGCCAAAAAGGCGAAGAUGGUGCUCAUCAAGGAAUACCGCGUUGUCUUACCCUGCACUGUUGAAGAGUACCAAGUGGGGCAGUUGUUCUCCGUAGCAGAGGCCAGUAAGAAUGAGACUGGGGGAGGGGAGGGCAUUGAGGUCCUGAAGAAUGAGCCCUACGAGAAGGAUGGAGAGAAGGGCCAAUACACGCACAAAAUCUACCACCUGAAGAGUAAAGUCCCAGCCUUCGUGAAGAUGAUCGCACCGGAGGGCUCUCUCGUCUUCCACGAGAAGGCUUGGAAUGCCUACCCUUACUGCCGGACCAUUGUAACGAAUGAAUACAUGAAAGAUGACUUCCAAAUCAAAAUCGAGACAUGGCAUAAACCCGAUCAAGGAAAACUCGAGAAUGUUCAUAAACUUGACAACUCAACAUGGAAGACGGUGGAGGUGGUGCCCAUUGACAUCGCAGACAGAGAUCAAGUAGCCGCCGGAGACUAUAAGCCUGAUGAGGACCCAGCGGAGUUCAAAUCAGUCAAGACUGGACGGGGCCCUCUGGGGCCCAACUGGAAGAAGGAGCUCGAUAAGACAGACUGCCCCCGCAUGUGUGCUUAUAAACUGGUCACUGUCAAGUUCAAGUGGUGGGGCCUGCAGAGCAAAGUGGAGGGCUUCAUUCACAGACAAGAGAAGCGGAUCUUCACCAACUUCCACCGCCAGCUCUUCUGCUGGAUUGACAAGUGGGUGGAGUUGACCAUGGAGGACAUCAGGAGAAUGGAGGCGGAGACACAGAAAGAGCUGGAGGAGAUGCGUAAGACGGGCUUGGUGCGAGGAACGAAGGCCUCAGAUGAGUAGCCGCUCCAGGUGUAGGUCUGAGCGAGGCUGUCUUCGCAAACAGGGUCAAGUGCGAGGAACCAGCGCUGCUGCCGACGAAUGAGAGCAACAUUUCACCAUGGCUGCGACCGCGAUACGAACACCUACACCCCCCCGAAACAACCACAGAGCUUCUUACGCCCUCCCACCCAAUCAGGAUGUAGAGGGAUGGGAUUUGUCACUGUCGAUCAUUAGAACUGUUUCCCCGACAAUUGACCCAAUCACAGAAUUUGUCGACAGAAUUACCAGUGCUUUUAGAAUGACAGAGAACGGUUCUUUCACCCAGCCUGCGUUAGAACUGCCUCUCCCCCUUCAGUUCCCCCGUCACUUCAUUCCAGAGAGCGAUUGCAGGCUGACCGUACACAACAGGAGAGGAAAAAGCACAGAUAUCUCAAAAAUUGGCACGGCUUUCAUCUUUGAAUCAGAGCGAGCUCUCCGAAAAGAUUUAUCCUGACUUUAGCUAGCUGCUUUUACCCCCCCCCCCCCCCC